UUAAAUAUCUGACGAGAUGAAGCUAUUUGCACGUCCUAAAUGCUUUUCCGAGAUUAUAGCACCGGUGACAACUGUCAACUGUAUAGUGGGACUUCGCGCUUUCGAAUAUCCUCGUGGUAAUCCGAGACCUAUACUCAGUCUGAUUUAUCUCGCGUUUAUUUACAUCACAUUUUGUUGUGGCAUAUUACGCAUGAACCAAAGAUACUAUGCGGGCCUUAAACUGAUGAAACUGGAAUAUGCUUUAUUGAAAUUAUUGAUGUAUAUCGUUCUAGUAUCUAUGAUAUUGAAAAUGCUACUAGGUUGGUGGCACACAAAGAAAUUUAAAGUUUGUCUCAAGAAGAUCUUUGAGAUCGAUGAAACGUUGCAACAGCUCGGACUGACGGUGAAUUAUGACAGAUUAUACUUCGUUAUGAUUGGAAUCAUAACCGUUUUGAUAACGUUUGUUUUCGUUGUGUGGACAAUGAUGUUCAUUCACUUGAACAUAAUCACGGAUGUAUUUACUUCAAUUUAUCUUCUACUCAUAUACACGUAUUCGUUCAUCGUCAACUCUAUUAAUAUAUUCGAAUUCUUCAUAUUUGCGAAAUGCUCACAAAUGAAAUUUAAAUUGGUCAAUCAACUCUUGCGCGAAAGCUUAACAGAUUUAUCCAAGAAAGAUAAGAAAUUAGGCAUCUAUGAAAUGAAAGAUUAUGAGAGGAUCAUGGAUGCCGAGCAACAAAAGCAAGUUCUUUCCACAAAGAUGAUAUUCCGAAGGCGUCAGCGGGUGCAGACCGGAAUUAAUUUUUCUAUGAAGCAAAAUUCGGUCGUAUUUCCAACUGAAUCUCAUAGUCCAUCUCAUGUCACAAAUCAUUUUCAAAGCGUACUCCAAAAUCAAUCUCGAAGACACAAUUCCACAAUAACAAAAUAUCAAAAACCUAAACAUCUUUUACAAGUAAUCAAGUGAGUACAGGCCAUAGGCCUAGUUUACACCGUGCGACCUGAUUGCGACCUGACCUAUGCCCUGACCUAAAAUAGGCUUCUAAACAGAACGUUUACACCAUGUAGACUUAUGAUACUUUUAGGUCGAAUAUAGGUAAAAAUUUAGUCCUCAUGUGAAUGCCAUCUUCAUACAUAACCAAUAUCGUGUGUACUUUGUUUACUCCGCACUUUAGGCGAUCUUUAGGUCACCUGCGUUUAGACGCGUUACGUCGUGUGACCUAAUUUAGGUCAGGGCAC